AAGAAAGGGGAGGGACGGGGGUGGGGGGAGGAAACCGGCUGGGAGGGAGCCGGAAAAUGCGAGCGGCUUCCUGCCCCCGUCCCUCCUCCCCGAAAACCGCCCUCUGCGACAGGAAACCCCGCCAGGGCCUUGGUUCGGAAGGUGGGAGCCAAACUCCAGUCGGAUCCAGGUGUAUGCUGAUCGUGAACACUUGGACCCCUUGACUCGGCUGCUGGGGACCCCCCCCAAAAAAAAAAUAAAGGGGGCAGGAUGGAGCUGGAGGAAGGAUACAAUGGAAGCCCAACGCUGGGUGCCCGGAGCGGGUCAGCCAUGGCGAUCAUUGGAGCGGAAGAUGAGGAUUUUGAAAACGACAUUGAGCCAUUCCAGAACCCAGAUACACAAAGCAGUAUGUUCCAGGACUUGGAGACUUUGAUGCUGCAUCCAGUCUACUUGAUGGCGUUCCUGCAACAUGUAGUGUUGCAGUUUGACUCCAGCCCUGCGCUCUGUUACCUUCACGUGGACCUCAUCCUGAACCGGCUUGGGGCCAAGGAGGCAAAGAAGCAGUUUGUGGAGUUCUGCCACACUUUCCUGGACAAAGCUGGGCUGCUGAGGGUCCCUGUCCCAAACUCUGUACAAUUUGAGCUGGACCGUACCCGACCUGAGCUUCUUCCUGAUGACCAGCAGCGGAAAUACUUGCAGGAGAUCCAGGCUUUCCAAGAACCCGAGAUUGCCCGGCAGUUGGAGGAUUUCAGGGAGAAGAGGAAGAUGGGGAUGACCCCGGGGGAAUCAGAGCUUUCUGAGUUGGAAUGCUGUCGGACCAAGGACAAGGGGAUCCGCGAGGCCAAGGAGAAGCAGCUGGCUGAGAGGCUGAUGGGCAGGCUGGAUGAGAUGCACCCUACUAUUUCUGCCGACGAGGAAAAAAGUUCUGCCAUUUUCACUGCCAUCGUGACGUAUAUGAAGCAUCUGGGGGUUAAGACAAAAACUGCUGAUAACAAGAAGUCGAAAGCCAACUUCUUCCGUAAGAAGAUUUCAGGGACAAAGAAACCUGAGGAGGCUCCCAAGUCAAAGAAGGGCUUCAGCAUUUUGGACCCUGCACGCUGGAACCGCAGUGACUCCCACUAUUCUGAUUACAGACAAUCCAAACCAGAGGGUGAAGCAGGCGAUAAGGCCCCAGCCGUGGACAGGAAAGGAGCAAAGCUGUCUGACGGAGGCCCAGGGCGGGGCAAGGGAAGCCCUUCGGGGUCAGAUCCCCCUGGAGUGUCCGUCACUGUUCACCCCCCACCUGGGGAGGGCAAUGACGGAGAGCAGGGCUCAGACAGUCAAGUUCCAGCUGAUUCUGGGGACUCCCCUGUUGCAGAGCAACCGCUGGCUGGGGAACAGCCCCCAGCUGAAGAUGGCACGGAAAAUGAAAGGCUGACAGGAAAGCUGGGCCGCUCAGAGAGCCUGCGGGUUUACGAGCGGAAGCGGUCUCAGCGCGGCUCAGCCAAGGGCAAGCAGCCACGCUCGCGAAGUGAUGUGGACAUCGAGGCUGCUGCCCGUGCCAAUGAGAUGGAGGAGAAGCAGUCCCUAGAACAGGCUCGGCAGAACCAGGGGAGUCGCAAUCUGGAACCAGGAGGGGCAGGGGGAGGGGAGCCCCCGCCGUCCUUUCUGCUUCCCCAGUCUGAGGAGACUGAGCCGCGCGUUUCGGAAUUGGAGCUGGAACCGCCAAACUGGCGGGAGCUCGUCCCCCCCGACACCCUCCUCAGGCUGAAGAAAAGUGAAGUGAAGCGGCAAGAAGUGAUCAAUGAGCUGUUCAUCACAGAACAUGCCCACCUACGAAUGCUCCGGGUGCUGCUGGAGGUCUUCUACCAACCUCUGCUGACCGAGGGGUUCUUUGGGGAGAGGGACUUGGUGAACAUCUUCCCCAGCCUGGAGGACUUGGUCGAUGAACACAAAGUGUUUCUGGAGAGCUUGAAGAAGCUGAGGGAAGAAAACAAUUCUGUUGUUUCUGAAAUUGGGAGCACUCUGCUGGCUCGGUUUGAUGGAUCAGAAGGAAACUGGUUCCAGAAGAUCUCAGCCCGCUUCUGCAGCCGCCAGUCCUUUGCUUUGGAGCAGCUGAAAGCCAAGCAGAAGAAAGAGCCCCGUUUCAACCAGUUCAUCCAGGAGGCCGAGAGUCAGCCCCGAUGUCGGCGGCUGCAACUGAAGGACAUCAUCCCCAUUGAGAUGCAGAGGCUCACCAAGUACCCGCUGCUCCUUCACAACAUUGCCAAGUGCACAGAGGAGGCCGAGGAACGCCAGAAGGUGCAGAGGGCAGCCGACUGCUGUCGGCAGAUCCUCAACCACGUUAAUCAGGAGGUGCGGAACAUGGAGAACUUGCUGAAACUGAAAGAUUACCAGCGUCGCCUGGACCUCUCGAACCUGAAGCAAAGUACAGAUCCACUGCUGAGUGAAUUUAGGAACACUGACAUCACCAAGAGAAACCUUGUGUAUGAGGGGCCCCUGACUUGGCGUGUUACCAAGGAUAAAUCAGUAGAUGUUCAUGUCCUCUUGCUGGACGACAUCUUGGUCCUUCUACAGAAACAAGAGGAGCGCCUAGUUCUCAAAUGCCACAGCCGCACCAUCACCCCUACCCCUGAUGGGAAGCAGAUGCUGAGCCCCAUCAUCAAGCUCAAUUCGGCCAUGACCCGCGAAGUGGCCACAGAUAUCAAGGCUUUUUACGUGAUCUUCAGCUGGGAGAAUGGGGCUCAGAUCUAUGAGCUGGUAGCACAGACAGUGUCGGAAAGGAAGAACUGGUGCAGUAUGAUCAGUGAGACGGCUGGCUCUCUGAAGCUGCCUGGCUCUACCCACCUUAAACCACGGCUUUCGGUGCCAAACCGGACUUCACCACACAGCCCCAGCUUCUACUCAGAGGGGCUGCUAGGCGGGGCAGAGAACGGCAGCUCCCACAAGGAAGUGCUGCAUUCAGAGGAACGAGAGAAGGACGGGAUGCUGGAAGGGGGUGAAUUUGAGGAACGCAGCCCUGUGAGCGAACCAAAGCUGGGCAAGGCAACGGAGGAGAUCUUGGAUGACAUGCUAACACUGUACAAGCCUCGGCCUGUCGGGCAGGGACCACUGGCAUCUGCUGCGCAGGACAGAAUAUUGGCCCUGAGGAGGCUCCUGCAGGUAUCGGAGGAAGGCGAGGUUGGCUUCCUGGCAGAGCCCACGGACUGUCCACCAGAGAAUGGGAGCCCCCGUGAAGGCGAAGAGGAAGAGGAGUGGGAUGUGGGUCACAGGAUGGAGAUGGACAGCAGCAGGAGGCAUCAAGGAGGUCUCCCAAAUGGCCCUCAAGAGCCAGAGUGGAGCUCAGAGACCCUGGACAGGGAAGGGUCUGGCUCCUGCAUUGUUCUGUCCCAUCAACAAUCUGACGGGGUGAAGCAUCACUUGCGGCUUCUAGAAGAUGCAGUUCAGGGUCUGAAGGAUAUUGAAGCGGCUUAUUGGCACCUGCAGCAGCUGAUAGGAAAACUCAUACCAUCUCAGCAGCCCAGUUUCACAUGAGGCUCGGCCCAGCAGGGGAAGGCCUGUCCUAAGCAAGGAGGAAGAGAUGUCUGUGCCAGCCACUCUCUCCCAACAUCAGCAUCCAGUGGGACCCACGCUGCUUUUUGUAUAGAGGAUUUAUAAUGUAGGGAGAGAUUCUGGGGCUAGUAUAAAUAUAUUCUGCCUAUACCACGCUAUAGGGGGCCAUAUUUAGAGUAUGAGGAACUGCAUAUAGGUAAGGUGUCACAGCCUUGCUUGAGGGGUGGGAAUAGCUACUUCAUCAGGUUGUAAAGAUGCUCUGGGGUGUGUAAGCUUUUUCUUUAGUUGUGAGUGUAGUGUGCGGUAUCUGUCCCAAAGAGAGACAGAUUAAAACUUAGGUUCCGGUGAAAGCUGUUUGGGACCAAAGGCAGAGGCAGGGUAGUAGGCUUCUGAACUUCAUAGAGCUGUUCAGAACUGCCUGGCCGGGGUCAGAGCAGUAGACAUAUGACUUGAUAUGCUGUCUGCCAAAAAAUCUCAGGGAAGGUUUGCAAGGAAGACAUGAUUGCAAUCUCCCCACCACCACCACCAAUUUUCCUGGUGGUGUAUCUUCACUCACGGACUUAUCCUCCAAAUAUGUAUCUGAUCCUUUUAAAAAAGAAAGUGAUAUAGCAGAAGUUGUAAUCACAGCAGCGAGUUUCACAGUGAGAAGAACCUUACUUAAUUAUUUGGUUUGCCUUGCCUUGCCUUAACUCUUCUCCCUCUCCCCACAUUUCCCCAUAGAACCAUCCCACUUUUCUAGACCUCCCUCUAUUUUAUUCUUUCCUGCUUCAUUUAUUCACGGGUGGAAUUCUGCCAAAGUUGCCUCCCCAAUCCCUUGGGUAGCCUUCCUUUUCAUAUUGGACCUUGGCCUUGCUAUGCCUUGUCUUUAUGCUUGUUUCAGCACCAAUUCAGCACUUGCACACACAAACAUGUGGAAAUCCAAUAAAACAGAUAUGUAAAGGAGGGUGGGAAAUGGGUCCCACGUUUUGAGGUCAGUUAAAAGGUAGUUGUGGGCCUGGAAAGUUUUACAGCAGUGCUUUCCAAACUGUGCUCGGGGGGACCCCUGGUGUUCUUUGGAAGCUUCCCAGACAUUCCCCAAUGAGAAGAUCAGUAAGGGCAGACAACCUCCCUGGAAAGGCUGCUUGCCCACCAACGAGCAGCUGCCUAGGGCUGCCCUACCUUUCCCUCCCAACUCAGAGGAGACCCUGAAGGCUUGGCUAGCACCCUACUUGAAUCCUUGACAUUGCAGGUGUUUAGGUUUUCUGCGGAAAGUGUUCCUCUGACCACUGAAAGGAUUUUUUAAAAGAAUGCAAAUUACUGCCCUUGAAGUUAAAUCCCAGCCAUCCUCUUCCUCGCUGCUUUCACCCCUUGCUUCUUUCUGUCUGCAUCCAGUGCUGCUUGGGGUAUACAACAGUGUAUACCAAGGAUAAUCUGACCAAGUAGUUCACGCUCUACACAGGUUACUGCGUUACUGUGUUGCCUUUCACUCUUUCCUUCUCACCGGGGAUUUCCCCCUUAUGUAGCUUUAUAAGCUGUUAUUAGCCACAAGCUGCCACAGAUGCAACCUGUGAAAGCUAAAAAGAGAAACCACAAGGUCUUGGGGAGACGAUAGUGGUGGGGGAGGAUCACCAGGGUUACAUUUGCCAUAAGUGUCAUGUACAAUCACUUGGCUGCCCUUUUGUGACAUGCCAUUCCACAAAAAUGGACAGUAGGUGGAGCCGUAUCAGUAAGUCAACCAGAGCCUCUUGGCUGUUCAAGGUGUUAUUGGCCAUUUGCAGUGUUUUGUAGGAAGGGGAUGGAGGGGUGCCCAUGCCUCCUUCCACCUCUGAGCCCCCUUUGGUUGCCUAUGGCAGAAAGUUGUCCUCAGACCCAGUUUGUCCCGUGGAGCAGGAGGGCUCUUGUCACUGAUUUUGGGCCUGUAGGGGGCACUGAGCACCCAGCCUCUGGAUUUGCUGCUGCUCUGACUACCUCUGGCUACUUGACUGCUGUUCACAUCCCUCUGCUCACCCCCACCCCACCUCCUAUUGGCUGGCCCUUUUGUCCAAUCUGGAGGAUUGUGUUACGUGGUUGCUAGGCAACCACAAGGUGUUUCCAGCUUCCAUUUGGAGAACUCAAUCUACUGAAGCCAGUCAAGGGGAUGAAUGUGGGUGAUGUUUGAAGGGAGGGUGGUGGAAGCAAAGGACAAGGGGUAGACCCAAAGGUGGAGGUGAAUGAGCAAAGCCACCCGUCAAAAAGUCAGUGUCCUCAGAGACUGAACUGCUCUCCUGCUGCACACGUUCCCUUUCUUCCAAGUGCCUUUUAUAUUUUGUUGAUAAUAUGCUUGUAUUUUUAAGAAAACUCAAUAUUUUGCUGGGAUAUUUUAUAUAUAUAUAUAUAUAUAAUGAAUAUAAGGGAGUGGUCUUGACUCCUCCCAGCUGGGACUACAAGCAAAGAACCCAGAGCUUUAUAUAUAGAGUGGUAUUAUAUAUAUUAGUGUUUAGGGGUGGUUUUUUUUGUCUUACUGUACAAAGAGUGUAACCCAAUAUAUUAAGAGAUGAAAAAGUGAGACUUCCCCCCCCUCCGACUUCCCAGUAUUAUGAAUGUAUAAUAGACCCUACUAAAUCUUUUACUGUCAGAUGGGGGUGUUCUUAAAGUCACACUUUAAAAAAAUAAAAUACAAAUUCUAGACUAAGCAAUCCAUAAUUUAAAAGGGGGGGGGAAUAACAUCUCCCCCCUCCAGAAUCUGUUUUCACAGUUUGCGACAUCUCUUUUACAAUUGCUAUUUUGUACUUUUGGAGAACAUUCUCAAGGUCAUGUACUAUAGAUCAGUUCACUUGCUCCUAUUCCACACAUAGAAAAGUGCCAGCCUUGUAUCUCUGUUUAUGGCCCUACCAAUCACCUGCAGCCUUCCCUGCCGUGGUGCCCGCUAGAUGUUGUUCAGCUCCCACUCCCAUCAGUCCCUGUCAGCAUGUCCAAUGGUCAGGGUUAAUGUGACUUGUAGUCAGGAGGGCACCAGGUUGGGGAAGGCUGUCUUACUGUCUCCUAAGGAGUCUUGCACAAGGCAAAGGUGGGUAGGUCAGAAGUGCGAUAGGAGGCCAUUUCCUCUUCUGAUAUAAUGGAUUGUGAUUGUUGCAGACGUACAGGACAUUGCAUCAGGAUCUCAACGUUUUAGGACUUAAAAACUAAAAGUAAUAUUCUAGACAUCAUGAACACAGAAGAAAAUGUGUAGUGCCCAGAUUCAGAAGUCUUGAGUUAGGACUUCUUAGACAGUGCACUAAAGUUGUUCUCUGUCUCAGUACCUUUUUCUCUCCCCCCCCCAUCCUUUCCAUUGACCCCCAUUUGAUCCUCCAUCCCAGACUUCUUGUUUUAAAAAUCUUGGGUUUUAGAAGCAGAGUAAAUGAUGGAAAGUAUGCUAUUGGCUAUUAGCUGGAUUGUAAAAAGGUGAGUUUUUCAUGGUGCUGAAUGUGCAUUGCAUUGAUGCAGGAUUUUUAAUUUUGUGGGGAGUCAAAUACAAACCUUAACUAGGGAUGUUGCUUGGCCUCUUUUGCAUUACCUCUGAUUACAGGGUGAACCUUCCUACUCAGAGGUAGGUUUCACCAGCUUCAGAAAUUUUCAUUACUAUACAGGGUAUACUAUACUAUACAGGGAUGAGGAACCUGGUGUCCUCCAGAUGCUGCUGGACUCCAGUUCCUAUCAGCCCCAGCCAGUAGGUCAGGGAUGAUUAAGUCGUUGGCUACCUUUCCUGCAUCCCUGUAUUAACCCCUCUACCCACCCCAAGAAUGAUGGAAAAUGUAAGUUCUGCACUGUUUGGUGCAGAGCUAAAUUUCAGAGCUAAAAUUUAAGGAAGAAGUGAGUUAUGCUUGACCUUAACAUUUUUAAAAAUCCUGAGUCAGGCAGUGUAAUUUCCCACCCCCCGAAAAAACACCCUCUUCAGCCUGUGGUAAUGGGCACAUUCUCGCAACCCUACGUCAAUCUGUGCCGUUUUCAAAAUUUUGGAUUCUUGACCUGGAGUUACUAGCUGGACUUUGAACAUCAGUUUCUGGUUUUAAACUCAUUGUUGACAAGGGACACAAAUCAGAACUUGCACUAUGCUUGCUUUCCUCCCUUCUCCUCGGUUGUGUGAACUUCCAAGGGGUAGCUAAUCUAUGGUAAAACUAUCUCGAGAAUGCUCCCACAAUGGCCGGAAUUAGCUACGCCUCAGUUCAGUGGUUGCUUUCUGGAGUUCAGUUUGGAUUCAAACAGUGUGUCGUCCCCUCCACCCAGCAAGAUUUUCUGUUGUGGAUUGCAGUGAAAAUACUAGUCAGAAGGAAAAUGUUCCCCUACAAAUUGGGGUCAGGUGGGUUUCUAGUCUGUAUGGCUAUUGGAUUCCAGAUCUCUCCUGCUAUGAGCACAGGGAUCAUGGGCCUCCUUCCCCUUCCCACCCCUCAUGUAAAGAGGUUGGAGGCUUUGUGUAUGUUACAGGAGGAUUGAAGGUACGUGUAGGAGGGCUAGAAGAGACUGAGCCAAAGAUACUUUUGUAAAAGAUGCCAAAUUAAAAGAUCCAUUAAUCAGA